ACGGGCGCGUGGGGCCCACGCGCGCGCUCGUCCUCCUCUCCUCCUCCUCCUUCUCCACAGUCCGGAGUUCCUCUCCCUCCGGCUCGCUCACACUCCGGACACUUAUACCUCCCCCUGUCCUGCAGCCGUUAGCGGAUUGCCUCCUCGUCUUCCUCUCACUCCUGAGUCUUUUUUCUUGGUGGUGUCACCUGUGGCGUUUCGUUUAUAAGAGCCGGCAAUCCCCUUUCUUACCACGAGUAGAAGUUCUUGCUGCUGCUGCUGCGCUGGUUGGGGAGAAAAGGGGAGACACUGAAACAGAGGAGGAGAGAGAUGGAAGUAGGAGGGGUGGAGGUGGAGGAGGGGGUGAUGAGGGUGCUGCUGGUGGACGACUCCCCCGUGGACAGGAGGGUGGUGCAGCUGCUGCUCAACAGCAACUCCUGCGCCGGCUCAUUCCACGUUAUCGCCGUCGACAGCGCGAAGAAGGCGAUGGAAUUCCUCGGGCUGAAGGAGGGCAAGGCCAUCGACAUGGUGCUCACCGACUACUGCAUGCCAGAGAUGACCGGCUAUGACCUGCUCAAGGCCAUCAAGGCGCUGAACCCCCUGAAGCCGAUACCGGUGAUCGUCAUGUCGUCAGAAAACGAGCCCCAGCGGAUCAGCAGAUGCUUGAACGCUGGUGCCGAAGACUACAUCGUGAAGCCCUUCCAGAGCAAGGACGUGCAGCGCCUCAGGAACUGCUCCAACGCGAGGCCCAAGGACUCCGCGGGGUGCGAGACCGUGUGCAAGAGGAAGCCGACGCCGCCCUCCGCCCACGCCGCCGUCGGCGCCGCGUCGCCGUCUGGACGGCGAGCGCACUUCACCGGGGUUGCCAUGGUCCUGCACUCGUCGAGCGUGGAGCUCUCUCAGUACUUCCCGCUCCUCUUCAAGCUCGGCCUGCUGGUGUACGCCGUCCUGUGCCUGGGCGAGCUCCUGCACAGAUGGUCAUCAGGCGGCGGCUGCUCACUCUCCCUGUGGUGUGCCUGAGCAGCAGCAACGUUGCAGUGCAGUCCAGGGCAGGAGACUGAUCAAGGCUCUUCUUCUGCAGCUUCUGCUGCACUAGGCAGUGACCCCUUCAUCCUCUAUGUUUCUUCAGCAGCCAAUGGAGAUUUAGCGAUUAGGUAGAUUGUUUGCUUUGAGAUUCUAACCGGGCUUUUGAGUCGGCGUUGCUUCUUUCUUGGCCUUUGUUCGGUGAGAGAUGGAAGAACCCCAUGUAUCCUUGUAUAUAAUGCAAUGCAUAAUCCGAGGCAGUAUCU